AGUAACGAUGACCUUUCGUUCGUGUCGGGUGGUGGCACGGUGAGAAUCAACCGGUAACCGAGUGUCCCAUUAAUCGACCGUUCCGUUAUAUCGCCGGACUUGUGGACUAACGGUGAUCAAACGGGGACAGUCGGUGUCGUAGCCGGCUUCCUCGUCGAAGGGGAAGCCAGUGUCCAUUGUGCCUAGCCAGUAAACCCCGACCAGCGCCAUCGUCGCCAGCCAGCAUCGACAUGGAGGAUACGGAAGCGGAAUAAUGUCAUUGAGAUGCCGUGAAGGAGUCCCGAGACAUGAAGAGAGCGCGACCGAAGGUCGCGUGGGUUUCUCUAAGUCGGAACCGGCGAUAGCAGAGCCUCGCUCAAAAUGAGUGUUCUAAACAUGGAUUCGGAGAACCGGGUGGUUCUGAACGUGGGUGGUAUCCGGCAUGAGACGUACAAGGCGACCCUGAAGAAGAUCCCCGCGACGAGGCUGUCGAAGCUGACCGAGGCCCUCGGUAACUACGACCCCAUCCUGAACGAAUACUUCUUCGACAGACAUCCGGGGGUCUUUGCCCAGGUGCUCAAUUACUAUCGCACUGGGAAACUUCACUAUCCGACGGAUGUUUGUGGACCACUGUUCGAAGAGGAACUGGACUUCUGGGGUCUGGAUUCCAACCAGGUGGAGCCAUGUUGCUGGAUGACCUACACUCAGCAUCGGGACACGCAGGAAACGCUGACAGUCCUCGACAGGUUGGACCUCGACACCGAGAUGCCGACCGACGAGGAGCUGGCGAGGAAGUUCGGUUUCGAGGAGGCCUACUACCAGGGUACUCUUACGUGGUGGCAGAAGCUCAAACCUCAGAUGUGGUCGCUGUUCGAUGAACCCUACUCCUCCUUAUCGGCUAAGGUGAUCAGUAUAGUCUCGGUCCUGUUCAUUUUCAUCUCGAUCAUGUCGUUCUGCCUGAAGACGCAUCCGGACAUGCGGGUGCCGGUAAUCGUGAACCGUUCGGUGAACAUGGGAAACGAGACCUCCUGGGCGGUGGACAAAACGCACACGAACGCUCACGUCUGCUUUUUCUACAUCGAGUGUAUGUGCAACGCCUGGUUUACCCUCGAGUUCCUAAUACGGAUAACCGCGAGCCCGAAUCGCUGCGAGUUCAUCAAGAGCUCGGUGAACUUGAUCGACAUGGUCGCGACCCUAAGUUUCUACCUCGAUCUGGCGCUACAGCGUUUCGCCUCCCACCUCGAGAACGCCGAUAUCCUCGAGUUCUUGAGCAUCAUACGUAUCAUGAGACUGUUCAAGUUAACCCGUCACUCGUCCGGCCUGAAGAUCCUGAUACAAACGUUCCGCGCCUCGGCGAAGGAGCUGGCCCUCCUCGUCUUCUUCCUGGUCCUCGGCAUCGUGAUCUUCGCCAGUCUGGUAUAUUACGCGGAACGUACGCAGUACAAUCCGAAGAACGAUUUCCAGAGCAUACCACUGGGGCUAUGGUGGGCCCUGGUCACGAUGACCACCGUCGGUUACGGGGACAUGGUGCCGAAGACCUAUGUCGGGAUGUUCGUCGGCGCCCUCUGCGCCCUGGCCGGUGUCCUCACGAUCGCCCUGCCCGUGCCCGUGAUCGUCAGCAACUUUGCGAUGUAUUACAGUCACACGCAGGCGCGAGCCAAACUACCCAAGAAGAGACGCCGGGUACUUCCGGUCGAGCAGCCGAGAGUCAGAGCUCCAGGUGCGCCGCUGGGAAUGACCGGAGUCCCUGGUGCCGGAGGACCACCGGGAUGCACCCAACAGCAUAUGCAGUCGGGUGGACCGACAUCCGGUACCGGUGCUCUAGCUCCUGGACACGGACAGACGCCGGGAGUCGGAUGCACCGGCGGCCAGGGACCUCAGAAUAGACGGAUGAACGCUAUCAAGACCAAUCAUCCUAAGGACGUUUCGUUCGCUACGAAAACAGUAUCACAUAUAGAAGCGAGUACUGUUACUGUAGUAUACGGUGUCAGAUACUGCUAUUACGGCAUAUGGUAUUGGGUACUAUUAUUACGGCAUAUGAUAUCGGAUACUGUUAUUACAGUAUAUGGUACUGGGUUUUGUUAUUACGUAUAUGGUAUCGUGUAG